AUGAAAUCUAAUUAUCCUGAAAAAUCAUUGGUCUUACUUGAUUAUUUAUCAGAGAUCAUAAGAAGCAAUAAUGAAUAUAUUUUUCUUCAUAGGAUAGACUUCAUAGAUACCAUAACUAUAGGAGCUAAUAACCUUGAUAAUAUUACAUAUAUUGAAACUGAGAAGUGUUUGGUUAUAUGUAAUCAAUUUAGAAAUUCAAUUAUUACAGAAAUACUUGAAUAUAUAAAUGAUCAUAAAGCAAGGAAUAUCACAAUUCAAGAAUAUUGUGUGAAAUUAUUGCAUUCCAACUAUAACGAGAAAAAUAUUACGAGAUCAAUUUUAUAUCCAGAUAUAAUUAUUUCUGAGGUCAAGUUUGGAUGUAUUUUUUGGGAUUUGAUUUCUUUACUUAUACUCUUAGAUAGUUCUAAUCCUACUAUAUGGUGUAAUAGGUAUUGUCAAACUAGAUAUUUAAUAAAUCUUGAACCCGAUAUGUCAAGUAAAAUUAAACAGUUUUUUGAAUAUGAAGUAGUUCUUGUUAGAGUUGCACUGGAUAAAGCACCUAAAUCGAGUGAAAUAUGGGAUUAUCUAGAAUAUUUGACUAAAAAUAUGUUAAGUAUAAUAAUUAAUAUGAAUGAAUUAACUAGUUAUGCUGUGAGUAAUGGUAUUAUUAUUGUUGAAUGGAUUAAGAACUUCCACUCUAACUUUCUGCAGUGUCAAUUAGAUAAUAAUCCGCAUCAUUACUAUGCAUGGGGAUUUACUAGAUGGUUAAUAUUUGAUCUUUAUCCUGAUAUAUUUGAAAAUUAUAGCUUUGAAUUAGACAAUAUUAAUGAAUUAUUUGAUAAAUGGGUUAUUAGUUUACUAUUACGUAACCCAUUUUAUUAUGGAGGUUAUCAUGUACUAUUAAAACUUAUGGAGAUGAAGUUAAAAAAGUACGUUGCACUACCAAUAUCAGUUGAAUAUAUUAUGAAUAUAGUAUUUACAGAUAAUAUAAGGCAAAUACUUGAACAAAUAGCAUGGCUUCUUUCAGGUACUAAUCAUAAUGAGUCACUUUCUACCAUUAUUACUUUCAGGCAAGGUUUAUUUAAUAUUGUACUAGAUAUAAUAUAUAUAUAUGCAAAUUAUGAGUUUGGGAUUUUGCUGUUUUUUUCUGAAGUCGACUGGGUUAAUAAAAAUUUAAUACCAAAUAUUUCUCAUUCAGAAAAGUCUCUGCAGCAGAUUAAAUUAUAUCUCAUAUGUUCUAUAACUGAAAUAUGCGAUAUAUAUGGUUCAGAAGUGACAAAUAGAUCACAUAGAGAAAUUAAAUUAAAUGUAUAUUUAUUAGAUUAUCUAAAUAAAAAGAUACCAGAAAUUGUUAAUGUUAGAGACGUAUCUACAGACUAUAUAUUGGGAUUGUAUAACCCCGGUAUAUUUUAG